UAACUUCUCAGGGCGGGAAAUCACCGUCUUGGUAAAACCCAUAUCCGAAAUCGUUCAUUUUUUCUUUUCUUUUUGUUUCCUGGAUAUUUGUUUUAUUACGUGUACCGGUUGUAAGAAAAUAGAGACUUUUGAAUUUUUUCAGUUUUUAUCAGUAAUAACGCCGGUUAGUAUGCGAACAAAAGUGACUAAAUGACUUCUGAACAUUCCUAAGAGCAGACGACAUUUUUUUUCUACUUUUUGGCCGAUUUUACCAGCAAAUCCGGAGUACUCAGACUAAUGCAAACAGAGUUAAUGACGUCCCUUUUAUUUAAUCAUUAGCAGUCUGUAACAGGCUCAUAGGUGACGUGAAAUAAACAGUAUGACUCGACUUGCAAGAAAAAGAAGUACAAAGGCCUCAGGUUCAGAAUGCAAGCAAGGGCAGACCACUCCACUCAAGAAGUUACAGAAAACAGAAAGCACAAUGUCGGAAAGUGUAGCCGGGGCUGAUGUUGGACUUCCAAAACCUGAUACGGAGGAGGUUAUCUCCCUUGCUACUGGAGAUGGAACAUUACAGUCCAGAUGCUUACCUCGGACUCUGCCCCAAUCUCCAAAAAUCAUUAGGGGAAAGAAAAGUUGUGCCUCCUCACGGAAAAUUUCACUUGUUGCUUCAAGGGGAAAACAUGAAGACAAGUCUGAAAAAGUAAUCAAUCAAGGGGGAGACAACUGUCAGGAUUUGACCUCCUGUGUAAAUCACCCAGAAAAAGGUACCGAAAAACAAAAAGAUGAUGCAGAAGUUCAGCAAGAUGGUAACAGGGAAGAAAAAGAGAGGAAAACCAUUUCUGAGGAAGAGAUUAGUGUGUCCAAAGAAGACAGCCCCACUGAUAUUAACACUUACAUGUACAAGGACCCUCUGAAGACACAGGAAUCAGCUGAAAAUACCACCGUGAAGAAUGGUGAGAGUUUUGCGGAUGUCAUAGACAUAGAAUUGCAGCACAGCACAGAAAGUGUAACCUCUGUUGGCCCUAUAAAGACAGAGUCCUCUCAAGUUUCUACCUCAAUUGAAUACAACAAAAGUUCUGGAUCUAAAGUCUGCCAUCUCUCAUCAGAAACAACAACUCAGGACACUAACUCCAAUACAUGUGUUACAGACAAGAGCUUGGCUCCAGAUGCCAGUACUGUUGGUUGUGUUAAACUGGCAGAAUCUACCACAGCUUCAGUGUCUAAAGUGGAGUCUGCAACGUCCAAGAAUGACCACCAGCCAGGUGUUACAUCUUGCACAGCUCAGCCAGUUAUAGAAUCCAAGGGAAAUAAUCAGAUGGCUUUGACUUUAUUACAAAACAAGGAUAAGCUAAAUACACCUGGGAAUACAUAUGACCCUGUGACAGCAAAGACUGAUGUUCAGGCAAUAAACAAGGACAAUAGCAUUGAGAGAAUUGCAGCAGAGAAUCAGGUUACAGAUCAACCAAUUGCACUACAGGAUACAAACCAGCCUUUCUCACCACUGAUUACUGAUGAGCCUAUCUCAUCACUGUACACAAACCAGCUUGGCACACAGCAGGUUACAGAUCAUCCAAACUCAGCAGACAUUGAAGAUCAAAGACUCACCUUAUCCAAGAAUACAGAUCAGUUGGAGCAGAGUGCACUGGAGCCAGUAACACUGUCACAAGGAAUUGAGAAACCGACAAGUCUCCAAAUUGUGGAAAGGUAUAAGAAGAGGGAUUCAUCAGUUGAGACAUCUCAAAGCUUGUCUGCUAUAGAAAUAAACACAGACAAUCCUGGUCAUCAACAAUUUAACAUGGAGCAUAAGCUUCUGCCAACAUUACCUAACUGCUUUAUCUCUGAGGAUGAUGCUGUUAAGACAGAAACAGACACACCUACCACAACAGCCAAAAGUGAAACUGAAAGUAAGGGUACGUGUAAGGAUGAGGAUUUGCAAAGUGAAAGCUUAGAGAUGGAUACUCAGCCCUUUAUGCCCACUGCUGAUCAAGUCUGUCUGAACUCAGAUGAUGUAGACAUGGUCUCAUAUGCUAGACCAGGUGGUAGUGUGCCCCGAGCUGUAGGCCAGGUUGAGAACAUGAUGGAGGACGGUGACAUCACAGACUCUCAGCUCUGCAGCAUGGAGUGGGAGGCCAGAGACACAAUGUCAUCAGAUACAGGUCCAGCAAACAGAACUGAAGUUGGCAGUCCUGGGAAGCCUGUAAGAGUUGUGUCCCCUGACACAGGGUCUCCUGCCCAGAGUCGGCCAGCAGAUGGCACCAAAGUGGUACAGGGUCUGAUCAAGGAAUUGUUCAGCAUUAACCAGUCCUUGAUAAACACCAAGAGAGAGAUGGAAGCUGUUUGUGCGAGGCAACAAGGAAAAGAAAAUCAUAAGCCACACACUUGGCGCUGAAGAUGACCUCUGUGAAAAAUCACCAUGGAGUUGGUAUACAGCAUCAACAUGUAACAAGCUUGUUGUUCAAGAAAUACAUUAUUCUAUGUUGGUCAUUAAUUUUAUGCAUGGAUUAUAGAAAUAGGUACCUUUACCAUAUUAAUGCAAGGAUAGUUUGAACAUUUUAAGACAAGAAGUUUUCUUAUAUGCUGAGAAAUGUAAAAAAAGAUAGCAUUUUAAGUCUAGUCAAAUUUAGCUUUUAAUUAAUUACAUGGACCUACCAAACAAGUACAUGUGCUUAGGCGUUCAAUCAUUCCUUUUGCUUGCUGUUAGUUGACAUUGGUGAUAUUCUGUAUAUUUUUGGUGCUUUGUUAACACAUUGCAUUUUAAUUGGACAGCCUUUUUUGGUUACCAGUACCGACAUCUCAGUCCCAUGCUGCUUUGUCUAGGAUAAAGACAUUCUGUUAUGGUGUUUAUCUUUGGUACUGUAUUAAACUUCUGAAAUUCUACUCUAUGGUUUGCCUUAUUAGACUGCAUUUUCCUGGACAUUGACAACUCAGUCUCAGACUGUUUU